GCUUUGCAGAGUUUAAUCGAUAGACAACAUGUUGUCGAGAACUCUACUUUUGUCGUCUUCCCUUCUUUGGGCCAGAGUCACUCAGGCGGCCUUUGGAAUUACCACGUCUGAUUCAUCCUACGUUAUUGAUGCUGGGUCGGCAAAUCCUCUAAAGUUUACGGUUUCUCGUUCGAGUUGCGAUAUUACAUCUAUCAAUUACUAUGGCUCGGAGCUCCAGUACUCUGGCAAAGGCAGCCAUAUCGGCUCGGGGCUUGGAAGCGCAAGUGUGUCUGCGAUGCAAGACGGGGACUAUAUCAAGGUUACCUGCGACACCGAUACGCUGACACAGUAUUUUGUUGUCCACAAUGGUGAUUCUGUCAUCCACAUGGCGACGUACAUCACCGCAGAGCCAUCCGUUGGUGAAUUACGAUUCAUUGCACGCCUUAACUCGGACCUCCUGCCCAACGAAGAACCGUUCGGUGAUGUGUCCACUACCUCUGGCGGCUCGGCAAUCGAAGGGUCGGAUGUUUUCUUGGUCAAUGGGGAGACCCGUAGCAAGUUCUACUCUAGCCAGCGCUUUAUUGAUGACCAGAGACAUUGCAUUGCCGGAGACGCCCAUCGUGUUUGCAUGAUCCUCAACCAGUAUGAAAGUUCCUCUGGUGGUCCUUUCUUCCGCGACAUCAACUCCAACAAUGGCGGCAGCUACAACUCCCUCUACUGGUACAUGAAUUCGGGCCACGUCCAAACCGAAGACCGUCGCAUGGGUCUCCACGGCCCAUACUCGAUGUACUUUAGCCGCAGCGGGACCCCCGGCACGAACAUCGAUACAACUUUCUUCGCGAACCUGGACAUCAAGGGCUACGUCGCAGCGUCAGGCCGCGGAACCGUAUCCGGAACUGCCUCCGGUGCUGACUCCAGCUCCAAAUGGGUUAUCCACUGGUACAACGACGUAGCCCAAUACUGGACCUACACCUCCUCAGGCGGCAGCUUCACCUCGCCCGCCAUGAAGCCCGGCACCUACACCAUGGUCUACUACCAAGGCGAGUUCAAGGUCGCCGAGACCUCCGUAACAGUCAAGGCCGGCUCAAAGACACGCAAGGACAUCUCCGGCUCCGUAAAAACAGGUGACACGAUCUUCAAGAUUGGCGAUUGGGACGGAACACCAACCGGCUUCCGCAACGCAGAGAACCAGCUGCGCAUGCACCCCUCUGACUCGCGCAUGUCUUCCUGGGGCCCCCUUACCUACACCGUCGGCAGCUCCGCACUCACCGACUUCCCCAUGGCCAUCUUCAAGGGCGUCAACGACCCCGUGACGAUCAAGUUUACAGCUACAUUGGCGCAUACAGGCGCCGCGACCCUGCGCAUCGGAACAACCCUCUCCUUCGCCGGUGGCCGUCCUCAAGCUAAGAUCAACAAUUACCAAGCCUCCGCGCCCUCUGCGCCCACGAACCUCAACUCGCGCGGCGUCACCCGCGGCGCUUACCGCGGCCUGGGCGAAGUCUACGACGUGAGCAUCCCAGCUGGAACGAUCGUUGAAGGAAGUAACACUAUUACGAUUAGUGUUAUUUCCGGAAGCUCGGGUGAUAAGUUCCUUGCUCCUAACUUUAUCUUCGAUUGUGUUGAGUUGUUUCAGUAA